ACAGAAGGGAGAGGCAGUGCCCGGCAGGCUCCAGUGCCAACAUGCCCUUCCCAAGGCGUCGGUCUUCAUUCUUGGGGUCCCACCCCUCAUCCAGCCUUGAGAGUCCAGGGGCCUCAGGCUGCCGGGUCAGUGUGGUAGGGAAUAACCUGAGCAGCCUCCCCAGACCUCCCGGGGUGUAUGUGGGGGCAGUGCCAACCGGAGGAGUGAGCAGCCUGGGCACCCGUGUGUCCCGCCGGGCCCUGGGCAUCAGCAGCGUCUUUCUGCAGGGUCUGCGGAGCUCGUCCACAGCCCUCGCUCUGAGCCCAGGACUGGACAAGAACAGGGGCGUCUUCUUCGAGUCCCUGAAUGGCUGCAUGGUAGAAUACAUUGAGAAGGUCCAUGCCUUGGAGCAGGUGAACAGGGAGUUGGAGGAACAUCUGAGGGUCUACCUAGAGAAGAAAGCCUCUAGCAUCAGCAACUGGGGAGCCCUGCGAGAGACCUGGGAGAGCAUCUACCAUCAGGUGGGUGAUGCUGUCUUAGACAAUGCUCAGCUUAUGCUACAGACUGAGAAUACGCAGGCUUGUGCUGAAGAUUUUAAAGAGAGAUAUGAAAAUGAGCACCCCUUCCGAAAAGCAGCUGAAGAUGAAAUUAACUCCCUGUAUAAAGUGAUUGAUGAUGCUAAUUUGACUAAAAUGGAUCUAGAGAGCCAGAUUGAAAGCAUGAAAGAAGAACUGACUUUUUUGUCAAGGAACCAUGAAGAGGAUGUGAAGGUGCUAUACAAGCAGCUGGCCGGGUCAGAGCUGGAAGGAAUGGAUGCUCCCAUUGGUACUGGCUUAGAUGACAUUCUGGAGACCAUCAGAAUUCACUGGGAGAAGGACAUAGAGAAGAAUCGGGCAGAAACAGGGGCAUUGCUCUACGCCAAGCAGCAUUCUCAAGUGGUCCAGGCAGCUCGGUCCCAAGAGGAAGAAUUGGUGGAAGCCCUCAGAGCAGAGUUUCAUGAUACUGCUUGUGAUAUUCAGCGCCUUCAAGCGGAGACAGAGUCUUUGAGAACCUUGAAAAGAGGUCUGGAGAACUCGUUGUAUGACGCCAAGCACUGGCAUGACAUCGAGCUCCAGAACCUGGGCUCUGUUAUCGCCAAGCUAGAAGCGGAGCUUGGGGAAAUCCAAAGGGAAACUGAGCAGCAGCAAAAAGACCGUGAGCAUCUGUUGUCUGGCAAGCUACAACUGGAGAAAGACAUCGUGUCCUAUCACUGCCUUCUGGAUCGAGAAGGAAGCAGCUAAUUUGGAAAAUUCCUGUUUCACAGAAGUCGAUGGUGAAUAGCUGAAGUUGCCGGAAGAACUCUUCCCAGAAGCAUCACCCUUGGCUUGAGUUGAAUAGCUCCCCACAGAUACAAAGGAUUAUUGCUGUUAAUAUCAUUGCUAUUUCUUAACUAAUAUAGGCUUUAGUGUGAGAUGCUUCCCUGGUUACUCUUCAAAUAAAAGCUUGGCUGUGCAAUUUUCCAUUCACUCACCCUCAUCAAAUGAGCCCCUUGGUAGGUGAAUAUCUUGUGAGCUCACUGGUCUUUUUCUCAUGGCCUUUAGGAGUCUAGUUGAACUAUUUCCAAAAAGGACUAAAGUGUGAAGUCACUUGUUUGACCAUCCAGGGCCAUGGAGACAACUCAGACUGCUCCAGUACCUAAAAAUAUAAUUUUGAUGUUUAGGUUAAAAAAAUAAUCCAGUAUUAGUGCCAGGAUGUUUACUUGUGGUUGCUAACAACCACCAGCACCAUAAUAAAUGUCCGCUGUUAUUAUGUGAUUAUCAGAAGUAGUAUGCAGAGUGUAUAGAGAAUUUGCCUUGGAGUCAGGAAGACCUGGAUUCAAACCCUGCCCCUGAUGUACCCCAGCUGUGUGACCCUGGGCACUAGUGCCCCAGAAAUUCUUAGAGGCAGUAAGUUUCAGAACAGCUGGUCAUAUGCCUUGGUAAGAGGAGUUUCUCUUGAAGACCUCCUUAUACCAAUGAAAUAACAUCCCCCAAGUAAUCAUUACACAAAACAAUAAGAAAAGUAACAGUUCACAUUGAUAUGGUCUUUACUUCCAAACUGCUUUGCAUACAUUAUCAAAUGAGUUACCAUAUUGUAAAAAGCAUUCUGCAAACCAAAUUAUAUAGAACCAUAAGUUCUAUAUAAAUGCUAUUUAUUAGUAUUAGCAUCAUCCAAUUUGAUCUUGGCAACAGCCCUGUGAUGUAAGUGGGAGUCCACGUGGAGCUGGGAAUUUUGGAGGGUCUAAGGGUCCUUGGGUGCAUCAAUAACAUAAUUUUAGUUUCUUCUUGGCUACUCAAUGGGCUCCAUGCGGCCAAAGAUGGUGGCCAUUUUGCAGAAGAACAGACUGAGGGUUAUUGAGGUUUAAACAGCUUCCCUGGGAUCAGAAAGCGUCAGAAGCAAGAUUUGUAGCCAAGUGUCACUGACUGAAUCUAGCCCCCUAUUGGUUAGGCUACACCACUGUUACAAAUGAAUUCUAACUGAUGAAUGCAAUAAGUUGCUGCUUUUUUAUCUGGAUGGAUAGAUGUGAAGACAGACAGAUGGAAAUGAUACAGGGAUAGGGACUGGACCUGUCAUCUCAUCAUAUAUAGAACUCCCCAGAGGGGUGACUCCUACAAACACAAUAUGGCACCUUGCCUGCAGCUUUGUGCCUCGAGCCCUAAGAAUUUAAGUGACCUAUCCAGGAUCACUCAUAGCCAGUACGUGUCAGAGGUAACACUUGCUCCCAGAUCUUCCUGGCUCAAAGGCUGACCAUCCACUAUAUCAGUAGUAUUAAAUGCAAAUAGAAACAGAGGCCACUAAUCCAUACAUAAAGAUCCUUUUGGGUAAAAUAUUGACAGUUUUAAAAUGUGAUAUUACCUAUAUUUUAUUGUAUUCUAAUUUAUCUUGUUAAAAAUUUUACCAUUAUAUUUUAAUCUGAUUCUAGUCAUACUUGGGACUGUGGGCCCCCAUCUGAUCUAGUUCAGUUCUACAGAUGAGGAAACAGCAGCCCAGAGGUUCCGUGACCUGCUGAAGGUCAUCCAGAAGGCAAUGUUAGAAUUUGAACCCAAGUCCUCUGACUCCUAAUUGGGCACUUUACCUACUGCACCAAGCUGCCUGAAUGAUCAUAUGUGUACCCCCACCACCUGUUUUCUAGAUCACAAUCUAUUUAUGUCUUCUCAUCCUAAAGAAUUCUUGAACACAUCAUCCCAUAAAUGUUACAAAUUUAUCCUAAUUGGGGUGUGUAGGGAGACGGAACUGGUAUGGCCUUGUAAUUUCAUAGGUGUAGAGCUGCAUAAUAUUACAGAUUUGCUUGGAACAAUUAAGGUUAAAUAACUUGCUCAAGGUCACAUGACUAGCACGUUUUAGAAACAGGGCUUGAAUCCAAGUGUUCAAGGCCAGUUCUAUCCAUUAAACCACACUAGGGCAAUUCCUCGCAUGUUUAUAUAUAUAUAAAAAAAUAAGAUAUAGACCUUCCUCUUUCCCAUAGUCUUUAUCCAUCAUAUCAAAAUGUUUCUUUGUUGCCCGAAAGAUCAAGAGAAAUAUGAAAGGCACCAUCUAAUGAUAUAAGUCAACAAAAGCAGGAGGUUCUUCCCAGUGAUAAACCACAUACUUGUGAUGCUACAUUGUAAGCCAACAGACUUGCAGGUGGAGGUCACAAACAGAACAGCUAGAUUGUUCAAAAGGGAUGCAUCCCACGGUUGUUUCAAGAUUUGUUUCUUCUUAUUUUUGCAAAUGUAACAUUUCAGACAAUAUCUGUCCAAGAACUGAAAAGCAAACACAAACAGCUGGGAUAUAAAAGGUGAGGACACCCUCAGGGGUCAACUGUCAAAAGGAGUUAUUGACAUCUGAAUGUUACUGCUAAUCCAGACUUAAAACAAGUCCUACCAUUGGCUGGGAGGAAGAACAGGUUUGCAAACCACUUUUGUGUCUCCUCUUGAUACCAGGCUUUAGGAUUAAAGACUUCUGCUUCCUCUGGGCUGUAAUUAUGAGGAACAGCUGCUGAAAAUCAUUAAGUUAAUCAUUCAUUGGCAUAGGAAGAGGUGGCCUAUGAGUGCCUUCCAUCCUGGGCACAAUGUCUUGCUGUUUCUAAUGAUGCUUCAUUAAUAGGUAUGGAAGGGCUUGGCCAGCCAGGCACAGAAUUUGUUUGAUUUAAAGAGUGCUUGCUCCAGCAGAUAGAAUCCUAAGGCAAUUAUAUUCCGGCAUUAACACUCCAACAGGUGGGAGGGAGUGCCUUUGGCCAGCCUUGCUCGGCCUUUGUGUACAAGGCAAAGCAUUUUGACCAAGGACUUUUCAAAAACUUCACUCCAAGGCCAAGGUAGGACUAGGUUUCAGGGUUGGAUGAUCUGAUUGGUCUUUGGGGGGCACAAGAUGAGAUUUGAGUAUCUUUGUGAGCAUCUAAAGACCACCACCUAUCUCUGAACUCACAGGUGUGACAGCAAGAUGGGUGGUCAUCUCUGGCAUCAAGGGGUUAUCGAACACCUGCUAUGUGGAAGGCGCAAAGUAGACACUUGGUUACACCAAAAGGUGGGAGGCCCAGUCCUUGACAUGGAAGGGUUUACAAUCUAGUUAUUGCAAAGCAGAAACCAGAGUAGGACCCCUGGGACUUUGACCCAGAGUGCUGAAAUUUAGAGGGCACUGACAACACUCUUUCAACACAUGGAAAUGAAUGAGCUUUGCAUCAAAGUAGCAAAAAUAAUUAGUUGAAAUUAUUAUCCAAUGGUACCACCUUCUUUCCUUCCCCUAAAUUCCACAACCGAUACCCCCAGUAAAAUUCCUCUACCACACGGCAAGGUAAUAUCAUUGUAUUCCAGGGCUUCUGUCUCCCUCCACCAACUGAGUUUGUCUUAAUUUAUCUUAUUUGCUCUGGUAACAGGUUAUUGAUAGGAGAGUAAAGUGGGGAGGAAGCCAGAGAAAAGACGAAGUUUACCCCAGGGUGGAAGAAUGUUGCUUAUGGCUCUGAGUUGGAGAGAUAGGAUAUGAACAGUAACAGGCUUGAUAAGAGUAUAAAUGGCCUGUGGCUAAAAUAAACCAUGGGAGUCCUGCUUGAUAAUCCACAAACUAGGUGUUGACUUCAAUGGUCAAAGCCUCUGAGAAUGAUCACAAUGACACAUGUUUAUACAGGAUCUUUUCAAAGCACUUUCUCUCUAAAAACCCUGGCAAGCAGGGUGCAAAAGCAUUAUUAUAUCCAUUUUCCAGGAGAGAAAAUGAAGAUUCAGAGAGUUCUAGGGACUUGUCCAUCAUACCUCUAGUUAAGUAUGAAAGUUAUAUUUCGAACCUGACACCCAGUCUCUGGCUCUUACUUGUACAUAAGUCUCCUAUAACUCCAAAUGCUCUCCUGCAAUUAUUUCUUAAGUAUUCUGAGCGUGCCUUUGAGAUGGAUAUGAAAUAAAAUUUCCUUCUUGCUAUUUUUACAGGUGAGAAACCUGAGGUACGCCAAAAAAAAAGUUAAGCAAUUUGGGUUCUAAUGGGAUCAUAAUAUUUAGAGUACAAAGGGACCUUAGAGUUCAUCUAAUCCCCUCCCCCUUUAUUUUACUGAUGAGGAAACUGAGGGACAGAAAAGUAAGUAAUCUGGUUGUGGGUCGCAUAGGAUGCCAGUGGCAUAGUUAGUAUCUGAACUCAAGUCCUGUGAUCCCCACCUGGCAUUCUUUCCAUGGCACCAAAUACUCAGGAGGUCAAAGCUGGGUAAUGACAAAUGAUCUGGGUCGCUUUAAUUUCAUUCAGUAACUUUGCAUUAAGCAUCUAUUGGAUCCAAGCCACUGUGCUAGGCACUGGGGACUUUUUUUAGGUAGGAGGUAGGGGAGGAGUGAAGCCAGUUUGUCUAGAAUAUAGAAUAUAGUUUUCCUCACAUUGUAACAUUCUUCAUUAUGGUUUUGAUAUAUCGUGGGCCAGCAUAAAAAAUUAAACGGUAAUUUUUGGGGAGGUUUGCAAAAGCCUCAGACAGCAUGCAAAGGCCAGCAGAUGGCACAGAAAAAAGUUUAGAAACUUAGAA